AUGGCAAGAAAUAGGAAAAGUGGUUUCCAAGUCACAAAGAUGUUUCGCUGGUUAAAAGAUAAGAAAAAACAGCCCAGAAAGUCGAGCGACAAAGAGAAAUCCCUUGAAGACGAUUAUGGAUUUAGAAAAGGCCAAACCAGGAAUCCAACCGAUGCUCUCCCCGAGUUUCUCGCUGAUUACGGAUUCAACAACGGGACAUGCAUGAGAAUACCGACAGAUAUCGUGAGGCCAGUUACAUGUGUGAGAGUUCCAACGAGAGUUCCCAUCAAUGGUGUUCCGGCAGUGAACAGUGACCCUGCUUAUCAUAUUUACGAGGAAAUAGUUGAUCUUCCAGACUUACCUUUAUCUGUAGUAGAUAACAAAGAUUCACAAACACAAAACAAUGGUGUUUAUAAUCAGAACGCUAACUCCUGGAGUUCGAUUUCCUUACACAAUCAAUCUAAUCGGAUUUCGGCGGAAGGACAUAUACAAAAUAGGUCAAACAUAAAUGAUUCAGCGGAUGGAUUUUUACCCACAAGGUCAAAUGUCAACUCAACAGAGGGACCGUACAUGGUUGUGCCCAUUGUGUGUAAGACAGAAGAAAAAUCAGAAUGCAUUGAUUGUGUAUGUGAUAAGUCCAUUGUUUCGGACAGAUUUAGAUGCACGUGCAAGUGUCGGAAUCAGUUUCAAAAGCCUGAGUCAAAUUAUAGCGAGCCGUGGGAUAGUAGUGAGAGUGCGUGUUCCGUCCGGUUCGUGAGUCGCAAAAAGUCAUGUGAUAAAAAAUCCAACUCCCAGACACAACGUCACGACAGCACGCGCUCCUACGUCACAUCGAACUCGAGUGAGUGUAGCUCUAGUUCUGCCAAAAGUUCAAUUGCUUCCAGGUCAUCUGGACCGGAUAUGGACGGAAAUGAUACUUGUUGUGAGUAUGAUAUGAGUACAUCAAGUGAAUCUGAUAUCGCGGAGGAAUAUCGAUCUUAUUUAGACAAAGUACAACAGAACUUGAUUCUCAAGGAGCAGGUUCGGAACAUCAUCCACUCGCUCAGUAAUAGUGGAAAUGUGACGGAAGAUAGUUCAAAUACAUUGGAAAGGGGUUCGGAUGUAGAAUCUGUCCGAACGGUGUCUAGUCUGUCCGGACGGUCGUCACAACCCACACUUAGUAGUGGGGAAGUGUCUGACCCGGAUGUACUUGCUGACCAAUCAGAAUCUGACGAUAGUAGUGGAUAUUAUGAAUAUUCAGAGGAAAGAAAUGGAAACAGUUGUUCGGAUGAUUCUGCGCAUGCACAGACAUCCUCGAAAACAGAAUCUCACAGACAUCAUCACAGACACAGAUCACAGAAAACUAAACACAAACACACAACUGUGGUGAAGAACUCAAUACUUGAAGAUACAGAAAUGUAUCUUUUACCAUCAAGUAAGAAAGACUCCGAAUGUGAUAACGUGCGAGUGUACCGAAAGCCAUUACUUCUCCCUCCCCAACAAACAGUGAUUUACCAGGAUCCGAACCGAUCUAAAACGAGAAACGGAAAUAGACUUUUGGGGGAUCUGAUUCGUAUGAACUAUGACAAACAGCACAUGAUUCGCGUGUGA